GUUGCAUAACUAGUGCUGUUGAGAAGAUACAUUAGCAAAAUGGCGGGUGUGGGCAGUUCGCACGCACUUCCGACGGGCUGGGAAGAACGGCUGAGUCGAUCGACGGGCGAAGUUUAUUAUCUGAAUGCCCUCACUAUGGAGAGCCAGUGGGAUACUCCGAACGAGCCCGCACAAGCCGGUUAUCUGGGACUGAUCGGGAGCGCCCAAGUGCGGUGUUCGCACAUACUCGUCAAGCACCGGGAGUCGCACCGGCCUUUCUCUUGGCGCGAGGAACGCAUCAGCCGGACGCGAGACGAGGCGCUCGCGCACAUCGAGCGCUACCGCGACCAGAUCGUGUCCGGCGAGAAGACGUUCGAAGAGCUGGCCAUCACGUACAGCGACUGCAACUCGGCCAAGAGGAAGGGUGACCUGGGUUUGUUCGGCCGCGGUGCUACGCAGAAGGGCUUCGAGGAGGCUGCCUUCGCGUUGAACGUGGGCGAGCUGUCCGAGCCCGUGUUCACCGAGUCCGGCGUUCACCUGAUCCUGCGAACCGCCUAGGACUUUUCCUGCGCACGAGCCUGCGCAUAUACCUCUGCUGUAUGAUGCCGAUGGUUAGAACGACUCAGCCAUGCUGGGCUGUCCGAGUGUG